CACAGCACAUCACACAGAUCAGGUGGUUUGUUCAUCAUGUCUUACGGCGGAUCAGGUUCAGGUUCUGGAGGUGAAUUCAGCGUUCAUUUCUCCAGCAGACGUGGAGCAGGACUCAUCAGAGCUGAAGAGGCCACAGGAAUCGCUUCACUGGCCGUGAUCCUCACAGCGCUGCUCAUCCUGGGCUGCUGGUAUUACCGUCGACGGGGCGGAUACAAGAUGAUCCAGAUUCCUAACGCUCCUCCGGCCUACGAGAAGAUCGCCUCCAGACCUUCACCUCCUGCUUACUCACCAUGAGUCACAAACUUAAGGAAAAUCUGUGGAUUUCUGUAAUGUUUGUGGGAUGAACGAUCACACAGUACAAGUGACAGUAUACGGCAGGAGUGGCCACAGUGCUCCAGUCUUGAUUAAGUCUCACUUGCCUGUAGCUUUCUAUUAAUCCUUGGACCUUGAUGAGCUUCUUCAGGUGUUUGAUUAGGGUUCGAGCUGAACUCUCCAGGACCAACUACCAAAGCGUGUGGACUAUAACAUAACACUGCUGUGCCUUUUAAACACAAUGCCAUUCAUCAGACU